CCGGAGACCCGCCUUUUCCCUCCUGCCCGCGAGCGUCUCGCUCGUGCCCCGAACCCGCGGCGCCCGCGCGGCUGCGAGCCUUGGUGCCGCGCGCCGGCUCCGGGAAGCCGGGCAGGGCGCGGCGGCGGGAUGGCGCGGCGCGGGCCGCGCGGUUAGACGGGUGCCGGGGGAGCCGCCGGCCCGCGCCCUCCAUUCUCUCCGCCCCGGAGCCGUCAGCGCUCCGGGUCCCGAGCGGCCGCGCUGCGGGGAGCCGCCUUCGCUGGCCCCGGGCACCGGGACGCUCCCGAGAUGCCCAACCCCAAAAACAGUAAAGGCGGACGCAAAAACAAACGCGCCAACAGCAGCGGGGACGAGCAGGAAAAUGGAGCCGGAGCCCUGGCAGCGGCGGGCGCGGCGGGCGCGGCGGCCGGGGGGGCCCUGGCGGCGGCGGCGGGCUGCGGAGCGGCGGCGGCGGGCUCCCCGGGCACCGGAGGCGCGGCGGGCACCGGAGGCGCGGGGACUGGCGCCGCCAACGCCGCCGCCGCCGCCGCCGCCGCCAACGCCGCCGCGGGAGCUGCAGCCGCGGGCGACUGUAAGAACGAAGCCCCUUGUGCCACGCCCCUGAUCUGCAGCUUCGGGAGGCCGGUGGACCUGGAGAAGGACGACUACCAGAAGGUGGUGUGCAACAACGAGCACUGCCCCCACAGCAGCUGGAUGCACCUGCAGUGCUUCUACGAGUGGGAGAGCAGCAUCCUGGUCCAGUUCAACUGCAUCGGCCGGGCCCGCAGCUGGAACGAGAAGCAGUGCCGCCAGAACAUGUGGACCAAGAAGGGCUACGACCUGGCCUUCCGCUUCUGCUCCUGCCGCUGUGGACAGGGCCACUUAAAGAAGGACACGGACUGGUACCAGGUGAAGCGGAUGCAGGACGAGAAGAAGAAGAAGUCAGGGUCGGAGAAGAACACAGGGAGGCCUCCCGGCGAGGUGGUGGAGGAGGCUAAAAAGUGCAGGCCCCCGAACAAGCCCCAGAAAGGCCUGAACCAUGACCUCCCCCGCCGGCAUUCCAUGGACCGGCAGAACUCCCAAGAGAAGGCGGUCAGCGCCGGGGCCUACGGGGGCCGCUCCCCCUGUGGCUCCCCCGGCCAGUCCCCGCCCACCGGCUACUCCAUCCUCUCCCCUGCCCACUUCAGCGGCCCCCGCUCCUCCAGAUACCUGGGGGAAUUCUUAAAGAAUGCCAUCCACCUUGAGCCUCACAAAAAGGCCAUGGCCGGGGGCCACGUGUUCCGAAACGCCCACUUUGAUUACGGUCCGGCUGGGUUAUCAGUUCACAGGGGCGGCCACUUUGACACUCCCGUACAGUUCCUGCGGCGGCUGGACCUCUCGGAGCUCCUCACCCACAUCCCCAGGCAUAAGUUGAACACUUUCCACGUGCGGAUGGAAGACGAUGCCCAGAUGGGCCAGGGCGAGGACCUGCGCAAGUUCAUUCUUGCGGCCCUCAGCGCCAGCCACAGAAACGUCGUAAACUGUGCCCUGUGCCACCGGGCGCUCCCGGUGUUCGAACAGUUCCCACUGGUGGACGGAACUCUGUUCCUAAGCCCAUCGAGACACGAUGAGAUCGAGUAUGAUGUCCCUUGUCACCUUCAAGGGAGACUCAUGCACCUGUACGCGGUGUGCGUGGACUGCCUGGAAGGGGUUCACAAGAUCAUCUGCAUCAAGUGCAAGUCGCGGUGGGACGGCAGCUGGCACCAGCUGGGCACCAUGUAUACCUACGACAUCCUGGCCGCCUCUCCGUGCUGUCAGGCCCGGCUGAACUGUAAGCACUGCGGGAAGCCCGUGAUCGACGUGCGGAUCGGGAUGCAGUACUUCUCCGAGUACAGCAACGUCCAGCAGUGUCCACACUGUGGCAACCUGGACUACCAUUUUGUGAAGCCAUUUUCCUCCUUUAAAGUUCUGGAAGCUUAUUGAUGAAAGCUUUGCUUUGGUAAUAGCUCUUUUAUCGACACUAUUACUUUAUUACAUAUCUUUUCUAGGGAAACAUUCUGUGAUGUUAAUUUCUUUUCUAACUUAAAGGCAAGUUCCUUUGUGUACGUGGUCUGCCACUAAAAUGGGCUGCCCCUGCCCUCCCCUGACUCCCGAGUGCCGGUCUGUGGUCCUGGCCAGUGCCGCAUGCGCAGUCCUGUGAGUUGGGGUAUUGGUUCCCUAUCACAAAGAGUCUCCCUUGCAGCUUUUAAGGUGGUGGGGAGGAUGGGCUGAGUUUAAGAAAGGAAUUAGGUGGUUCUAAACCGAGAGUUUGGUAGGACUUGGGAGCGUACUCUUACUCAAAGUCAACCGUUUAAAGACCUGCUUUAGAUCUCUGGGCCGUGGGAAAACAUGUGACAGGUGAAUGUAAGUCUGUGCCUGGAGCUGAUGGUGUGUCAGUCCCUCAUGUUUAGCUUCUGCAGCGCACUUUGACGUGCAGUUUACACUCAUUGACAGAUUAUCUGAAAGUCAACAUGAGGGCUAUUUCCAUCACUCUUCUAGUUUCAUAGUCAGUUUUCAUACUGAAAAUAAUAUCCAAAUUAUGAGACAUAUGAGAGCUAUUGGUAUUGCACAUAUUUUUAGGUAAAGCUGACCUAUAGCAGUGAGAAUAUACUAAAUGAAUUUGAUGCACAUGGAUUUAAGAGGGCAAAAAGGUAGAAAACUGUAAUUUGAAUUUGGUCACAUUAGCUCCCAAGGAGAAUGCAUGAAUAAUAACAUGAUUUGGGCAGCACUGAUAUAUGAAGGUUGUACUGUUGAAGUGCCAUUUCAUGCCAGACCCUUCUCACAGGUAAAUCUCACAGCCACAGACCUUACUGGUAAUUCUGGGAACCACUCAUGGCCACAUUUCUCUUCCCCCAAAUUGCUGACAGUGACGUUUUACCCAUUUAAUGCUGAGUUUGCAAAAUCAAAAAUUUGGCCCUAGGAAGGAAAGGAAAACAUUAUUUGUGAGGGUAUGAGGAAAAGAAUAAUUUUAACAUUUCUGUUUUAAGUGUAUUUCAUUUUGGAAAAAUCACUGAAUUUAAGGGAUAACAAUAUGUUUGAAAAUAGAUCAUUCGGAAGAUCUCUAUGAUACCUUUCCGUUGGUGAAAAAAGAUGAUACUCUACUAGUAUGUCUUUAUUUUGUCCCCUCAGAUAAACAGUUGUUUUUCCUCUCAGAAGUGUUCAGGCAUUAUUGCAAGUGAGCUUCAGUUCUACAUGCAACAUUUGAUGUUUUGUUUGAAACAACGCAGCCUUAAAAAGAACCCACAUGUUAAUAGUCUCCAUCUUUCAGUUUGGAUGAUUGUAAUUCAGUUUACUGCAUCUGGUUUGGUCUUUGAUGAUCUGAAAAGUGUUUCACAGUGGGGGAACUGCUCAAUGCCAAUAAGAAGCAGAAAAUCAUCCUUGGUCUGAGAGCAUUUGAUGCAACUGAAACAGGUCUAUAGGACAUAACCUUUGCAAAUUUGUCUGUAAUACACAGAUCUGUGAUUGUGGGUUAACUGUUUCCCUGUCGAUUCUCAUGUACCCAAGUACAAAAGUUUCUCUUGUCUUUCGAGCACCAUUUGGCUUUUACCUGUGAAUUUAAAACGAAUAGUAAAGUAUUUGUAGUGCUGUUCUUUAACACACCUAAAUUUUUGUAGAGAAAUCUGCUAGUAUUGUUCUCAAACUUAAGGUUUAUGUAUAGAUUCCAUUAAGCAAGUUCCUCAGUGUAAAACUGCUCUGAGUGUUUUGUCUACUGCAUUCGUUAUUUUCUCCUUAGAUUGUUUUCUACUCCCUAAAAAAUAAGUAUGACAUAAUUAGGUAAAACUUACUUUUGACCUUUAUUUUGAUGAAAAAGUUAGGACCCUAUGGAUGCUGCAGUUACACAAAAGGAGAGGCAUAGAUAGGUAUCCUAUCUGAGGAUAUCUUUGGCCUUCAAGGCAUUGCAUUCCUGUCUAAAAUGGAAAAUUUUGUUGAUUUGAGAAUAAAAUAUAAUUAAUUAUACAAUAAUAUAGAGAAUAAAACUUAAUUUGGAAACCUGCUGACCUUAAUAUUUUCCCCAUGCUUUCUCAAACUACUUUGCUCUGAGUACCUUGAUGGAAAUUGGAAUAUGUCAAAAAGAUGAUUAUUUUUGUUGUGGUUUGGAUAUUAAAAGGUAUUAGUCACCCAAGAGAUCCAUCUUCUGUUUUUCUGAUGAAUAGUGCUCAAUAGUCUGGAUCACUCACAGUGACUUAUAAUUUCAAAGCAAUUUGUCAUCUGCUCUAACUUUUUUAUCACUUAUUUUUAAGAGUUAUACACCUUGAACAAACACAAUUAUCUACUUUAGUUUAGUGAGAAAACUAUUUCUGAUGGUCUCAUCAUUUUCUCUUCAGACCAGCUCAGUUCUCCACUUUCUUCUGGUUGCAUCUGAAGCACUUAAUAUACUGGGUUUUUACCUGAAAAGAGACAUUGGCAUGAAACUGGGGAGUGGGGUCAGUUAUUCCACUCUAAUUAAGAAAGAGCUUUCCCCCAGUCUUUAUUUUAUAGUUUUUAUUAAAAAAAAGUUCAUUUUCAGAGUAAAAAGUAUUUUCAUAUCUGUUUUGGGGAAGUUAAUUAAUCAGAAAAGAAUAUUAUUAGUUGUUUAAACCCUAAAACUAAUAGAUAAACUGAUACAUAACUGACUAGACCACCAAAACUAACCUGCUGAAAUCUUUCAUUUUUUCCUAUAAGACCACUUCUUAACUUCCCCUCUGUUCUCCUUUGCCAGGUCAGUAACUCUAGAUUGCUUUUUUCAUUAGACUCAUGGUAGCAGCUGUGGAGUAAUUUUAGUUGGAGAUUUGGUUAUAACCUGAUGCUGCCUAACUCAGCUCAUCUCCAUGUCUUGUUGACUUUAUUACCCUUCCAGGUAAUUGAAAGAAAACAUAAUGGAUGGACAUCUUUAAAACCAGCUAAAAUGUUUUCUUGUCAAGAUGUCUUGGAUUGCACUUUUGUGGAGGGAAGACAGUGUAAAUAGUUCAAGAAAGUUGGUAAAAUUGGAAUAUUUGGCUAUGGAAUUGUAUGUGAUGGUAGAAGGUUUCUGUUUGUGAAAUGUAUGUAAUAAAAAUAAUAAAGCUUUAGAAACUUA